CAUUGGCAAAAUCAUUAUUGUUCUUUCAAGGUCAAAGAUCUGGGAGGCUUCCCCUCAACCAGCAAAUCACUUGGCGCUCUAACUCAGCUCUCUCUGAUGGUUGCCUUGCCAAUGUGGAUCUAACAGGAGGCUACUAUGAUGCUGGAGAUAAUGUCAAAUUCAACUUUCCAAUGGCCUUCACCACCACUAUGUUAUCUUGGGGCACACUUGAAUAUGGCCAUAGAAUGGGUCUGCAUAUCCAAGAGGCUCAGGCCGCGAUCCGCUGGGCCACUGACUACCUCCUCAAGUGUGCUACAGCAACACCCGGUCGACUUUAUGUUGGAGUUGGUGACCCAAAUGCAGACCACAAUUGUUGGGAAAGGCCCGAAGACAUGGACACGAUUCGAACUGUGUAUUGGGUCUCACCCAACAAACCGGGUUCAGAAGUGGCCGGUGAAACUGCCGCAGCCCUAGCUGCUGCUUCUAUUGUUUUCCAUAAGAGUGAUCUAGCAUACUCAAAGAUUUUGUUGAAGACAUCACAAGAAGUGUUCAAAUUUGCUUGGCAAUAUCAAGGUUCAUAUAAUAGUUCACUCGGAUCUGCUGUUUGCCCUUUUUAUUGCUCAUAUAAUGGUUACAAGGAUGAAUUAUUGUGGGGAGCUGCAUGGCUUUUUAGGGCAACAAAAGCUAUUUAUUACUAUAAUUUGAUUAAGAAUUUGGGAGCUGAUGACCAACCAGAUAUCUUUAGUUGGGACAACAAGUAUGCUGGUGCAUAUGUGCUUCUCUCAAGGAGAGCAUUGUUAAAUCAUGAUAAGAACUUUGAUCAAUACAAGCAAGAAGCUGAGAAAUUUGUGUGCAAGAUUUUGCCUAAUUCUCCCUCUUCAACCACCCAAUAUACAGAAGGAGGGCUGAUGUACAAGCUUCCUCAAACCAAUCUUCAGUAUGUGACAUCUAUAACAUUCUUGCUCACAACCUAUGCCAAGUACAUGUCUUUCAAAAAGCAUACAUUCAAUUGUGGGAAUCUAUUGGUCACUCCAAGCACCUUAAGAAGUCUUGUAAAGAGACAGGUGGACUACAUCCUUGGAGACAACCCAUUGAGGAUGUCCUACAUGGUAGGGUAUGGUCCUUAUUUUCCAAAGAGGAUUCAUCAUAGAGGAUCCUCCUUGCCCUCCCUAGCGGCUCAUCCCCAAAGCUUAGGAUGUAAAGGUGGCUUUAGACCAUUCUUCUACUCCAUGAAAUCUAACCCUAACAUAUUGGUUGGAGCCAUUAUUGGCGGCCCAGAUCAGAGUGACACAUUCUUAGAUGAUCGCAAAGAUUAUAAUCACUCAGAACCUACAACUUACACCAAUGGUGCCAUUGUUGGAACUCUUGCAUACUUUGCCAUUGCCAAUUUGAAGUCAAGUUAAUUUAGCCAUUGUCUCCAUUAGGAGUUGGCCUACAU